AUGGCGAAACGAAGACGGCGUCCCUGUCGACCCUGCCAUCCACGCAGGCCUAAAUAUAAGAAACCUCGGCGCUCUAUUCAUUCUCAACCUUUUACGGUGGAAAAGUCUGCGGCAAGGUUUGCUGCGGCAAGGCUUGCUGCUAUUACCACCAUGCCUGAGUCUCCAUCAUCAAGCAUAACUAAGCAAGAAGAAGUGGAAGAAGCUCGCCAUGAUCAACCACAAACCCUAAUCCCACUCAUUAAGUCCUUUUCCAAUGUUAUGUAA